CUCUUCUGGCCCCCCCACGCCAUCGGGAACGGGACCGCUCCGGCGGAGGAGCCGGCGGUCCUCCACUUCCUCGAGGAUGUCUUCGGGGUGCGCCUGCACAAGGCCCGCAGGGAGAUACCGACCACUCUGGUGGGCAGCGUGGUGCUGCCGGCUGUGGCGGCGCUGGCGACCGUGGCCCUGGUGCUGCGCCGCGCCGCCCCGUCAAAGUACGCGGAGCUCCAGGGGAGGCUGCAGGCAGCGUCGCGCGGCGCUGCGCUGCAGCCUCUUCGGCGGGGCUGUGCGGCGCUCGGCCGCCGCCUCAACCUGACGGCGGAUCGCCUGCCCAUCCUCUGCGUGUCGUACGACCUCUUCCUGGGCCUGGGCUACAACCAACUGGCGGAGGACUUCCAGAGCGCGACCUCCGCUCUGGGUGUGAGCUUACUCAAGGCCACCCUCUACUCCCUCCGGCAUGGAGGGGCCAGCCACGACCGGAGCACGGGCGCCAGAGGCUUGGGCGGCGUGCAGCAACGAGGGGGAUGGAAGGCGUUCAAGUCCGUGCUGCGCUACGAGAAGCACGGACGCCUCUCGCUGGAACUUCGCAAGCUCAGCGACCAGCAGCGCGAGGCCCUCCGAGCAGCAGGCGGGGACUACGUGGGCGUCUUCAACAGGUCCUUGGUAGCGCCCCACAUCAGACAAGAGCGUGCAUCGAAGUCUUCUCGGGAUGUGGGGCGCUGA